GCCGGCUCGCCGCUGACUCCGCCGCACGCUGCAGCCGCGGCUGGAAGAUGGCGGGGAACGACUGCGGCGCGCUGCUGGACGAAGAGCUCUCUUCCUUCUUCCUCAACUAUCUCGCCGACACGCAGGGCGGGGGAUCUGGGGAGGAGCAACUCUGCGCUGACUUUCCGGAGCUAGACCUCUCCCAGCUGGACGCCAGCGACUUUGACUCAGCCACCUGCUUUGAGGAGCUGCAGUGGCGCCCGGAGAACUCCGAGACUGAACCCAGCCAGUACAGCCCUGACGAUCCGGAGCUCUUCCAGAUAAUCGACAGUGAGAAUGAGGCCCUCCUGGCGGCACUCACCAAAACCCUGGAUGACAUCCCCGAAGAUGUUGUGCAUCUGGCCGCCUUCCCAGCCCUGGAUGAUGGAGACGCACCUUCCUGCGCUUCUGCUUCGCCUGUCCCCUCAUCUGCGCCCCCCAGCCCCUCCCUGGAGAGGGCCCCAGCCUCGGCCCCUGAAGUGGAUGAGCUCUCGCUGCUGCAGAAACUCCUUCUCACCACGUCCUACCCAACCUCGACCUCUGACAGCCAGAAGGAAGGGACCGCCUGGCGCCAGGCAGGCCUCAGGUCCAGAAGUCAGCGGCCUUGGGUCAAGAUGAACAGCAUCCAAGACAGAAAGGCCCACAUGAUGCAGUCUCAGACCCGGAGUUGCACGGAGCUGCAUAAGCACCUCACCUCGGUGCCGUCCUGCCCCCGGGCUAAAGCCCGCUCCCCUGAUAGGGUCCUCCAGCCACCACCCCUGAGUCCCUGGGUCCCUGCCAAGGAGGAUGAGGAGGCGGGUGAGGACUGCCCGAGUCCCCAGCCGGCUCCAGCCUCUCCCUGGGACUCCCCAGCACCGGGCAGGGCAGACCCCGGCGCCCAGGUUUCCCAGGAGGACACGCAGGCCAUGGUGCAGCUCAUUCGCUACAUGCACACCUACUGCCUUCCCCAGAGGAAGCUGCCCGCACAGGCCCCAGAGCCAGCCCCCCAGCCCUGCAGCAGCCCCGCCAAGCAGGUCAGACCCCGGCCUCGGUGCCAGCACCCUUCCAAAGCCACCUGGGCUGAGUUCUCCAUCCUAAGGGAACUUCUGGCUCAAGAUAUCCUCUGUGAUGUCAGCAAACCCUACCGCCUGGCCACGCCUGUCUACGCCUCCCUCACACCCCGGGCCCGGCCCAGGCCCAAAGACAGCCAGGCCUCUGCGGGCCACCCCUCCCCCGUGGAGGAGGUGCGGGUCGCGGCUUCACCCCAGAGCUCGGGGCCCAGACCCAGCCUGCGCCCGCUGCGGCUGGAGGUGAAAGGGCACAUCAGCCGGUUGGCCAGGCUGCAGCCUGAGGAGGAAGAUGAGGAAGAGGAGGAGGAAGAAGAAGAAAAAGAGGAAGAGGAGGAGGAGGAGUGGGGCCGGAAAAGGCCGGGCCGGGGCCUGCCAGGGACCAAGCUGGGGAGGAAGCAGGAGAGCUCCGUGUGCCCCGUGCGGCGUUCCAGGAGACUGAACCCGGAGCUGGGCCCCUGGCUGACGUUCACCGAUGAGCCGAUGGUUCCCGCGGAGCCCCAAGGGGCUCUGCCCUCGCUGCGCCUGGCCCCUGAGGCCUACGACGUGGAGGGGGAGCUGGGCAGCCCCGCGGACGAGGACAGUGGCCAAGACCAGCAGCCCCGACGGGGACCCCAGAUCCCAGCUCUGGAGAGCCCCUGUGAGAGCGGGUGUGGGGACACCGACGAGGACCCCAGUUGUCUGCAACUCUCUUCUGGAGACUCUCCCAGGUGCCUCAUGCUGGCCUUAUCGCAAAGCCCCACUGGCGACCCUCCUUUUGGCAAGAAGAGCUUCGAGCAGACCUUGACGGUGGAGCUCUGUGGCACGGCAGGACUCACUCCGCCCACCACGCCUCCGUACAAGCCCACAGAGGAAGACCCCUUCAAGCCAGACAUCAAGCACAGCCCAGGCAAAGACAUAGCUCCCACCCCGGAGGUUCCCCAGCUCGGGGCCGCCGCAGAGGCUGCCCACAAGCUGCCAAAGAAGCACCCAGAGCGGAGCGAGCUCCUGUCCCACCUGCGGCAUGCCACAGCCCAGCCAGCCUCCCAGGCUGGUCAGAAGCGCCCCUUCUCCUGUUCCUUUGGAGACCACGACUACUGCCAGGUGCUCAAGCCCGACGGCGCCCUGCAGAGGAAGGUGCUGAGGUCCUGGGAGCCAUCUGGGGUCCACCUCGAGGACUGGCCCCAGCAAGGUGCCCCGCGGGCUGAGGCACAGGCCUCCGGCAGGGAGGAAGGCGGGAGCUGUGAUGUCGGUGCCCCCACCAAGGACAGUACGCUGCUGAGAGACCACGAGAUCCGCGCCAGCCUCACCAAGCACUUUGGCCUCCUGGAGACAGCCUUGGAGGAUGAAGACCUGGCCUCCUGCAAGAGCCCCGAGUACGACACCGUCUUUGAGGACAGCAGCAGCAGUGGCGAGAGCAACUUCCUCCUAGAGGAGGACGACGAGGAGGACGACGAGGAAGAGGACUCAGGGGUCAGUCCCCCUCGCUCUGACCACUGCCCCUACCAGAGCCCACCAAGCAAGGCCAGUCGGCAGCUCUGUUCCCGCAGCCGCUCCAGCUCUGGCUCCUCGUCCUGCCGCUCCCGGUCACCAGCCACACGAAGGACCUUCAGAUGUGAGAGCAGAGGGUCGUGUUCAGACAGAACGCCAAGUGUCCGGCACACCAGGAAGCGGCGGGAAAAGGCCAUUGGUGAAGGCCGCGUGGUGUACGUUCGAAAUCUCUCCAGUGACAUGAGCUCCCGUGAACUGAAGAGGCGCUUCGAGGUGUUUGGCGAGAUUGUGGAGUGCCAGGUGCUCACGAGAAGCAAGAGAGGCGAGAAGUACGGCUUCAUCACCUACCGGUGUUCUGAGCACGCCGCCCUCUCUCUGAGGAACGGCGCUGCCCUGCGGAAACGCAGCGAGCCCUCCUUCCAGCUGAGCUACGGGGGGCUCCGGCACUUCUGCUGGCCCCGCUACACUGACUACGAUUCUAAUUCAGAAGAGGCCCUGCCUGCGUCAGUGAAAACCAAGUACGAAGCCAUGGAUUUUGACAGCUUACUGAAGGAGGCCCAGCAGAGCCUGCACUGAUAACAGCCUUAACCUUCGAGGAAUACCUCAAUACCUCAGACAAGGCCCUUCCAAUAUGUUUACGUUUUCAAAGAAAUUAAGUAUAUGAGAAGGAGAGAGAGCGAGUGCGUGAGAGAGAGAGAGAGAGAGAGAGAGAGAGAGAGAGACUUGGAACUGCUGUCCUUUUAAAACAAACAAAAAAAUCAAUGUUUACAUUGAACAAAGCUGCUUCUGUCUGUGAGUUUCCAUGGUAUUGACGUUCCACUGCCACAUUAGUGUCCUCGCUUCUGACGGGUUGUCCUGGGUGCGCUCCAGACGCCGAGUCCGUCACCCACCUCCCCUUCCUCCCCGACCGACGUCCCCUCGUAGACGUGCAGCUGUGUUCACCAUACCAUUUCUUGUCUGUAGUGUGUGAUGAUGAAAUCGUUACUUGUGAAUAGAAUCAGGAUUAUAAACUCAUUUUUAACUGAAGAAAAACAAAGUAUAUCCUUAAUGUAUUUAUGGCUCAGAUGUACUGUGCCUGGGAUUAUUGUAUUGCUUCCUUGAUUUUUUAACUAUGCACUGUCGUGAGGUGUUUGCCACUGAGCUGCACUGCUCCCUUUGCCAGAAUGCCCCAGAGGUGCUGGGUGGCCGGAAGCCUGGCCACCGGGGAGCUGUGGCAUGCAGCCACAGCUAGGAGGAAUGGAGAGAGGUUUCUGGGCCUCUUCCGCUGAGCGCUGCCUUGUCUCUCAUUGAGCAAGUUUGGGUCCAUUUACAAUCAGAGCCCUCAGCUGGUGUCCAGCUCACGCUUAGAAUUUGUGCCUGGCCGUGAAUGCUCGGAUCCUUGCGGACCUUGGAAGGAAGGUGGGGUGAGCUGCGUUAUUCCUGUUUUCCAGGCAGUGCCCCAAGAGGCGAAAUGACUUGCCCAGGGUCCCACGACCAGUGAAACUACAGAGGAACGGCCCAGCCCGGGCCUAUCCUAGGGUAAAGAGGCAAAGUUGCAAAGACUGGUAGAGGUGGGUUCAGCUAAAAAGGACAACAGGCUAGAUGCUUCCAGGCUCAUUUUGUGGGGGUAAGUCAAUGGCUGCCUCAUCAGCAUGGGGCAAGUUUAGGCUCUGGCACCAGUCUUGAUCCAAGGGGUCCUGUGGUUUGCUUACACCUGUGGACAUGCCAUCAGAGCUUCAGUGACACACCUGGGGUGACACAGAGAGGCAACCUGGGAGCAGUCAUUCAUCCUUUUUGGGCCAGUCACCAGCCCGUCCUCCUUCAGCUUGACUUCCCUUUUCUUCACCUGUAAAGUUGUUUUGGUGGCAUGGGGCAGGGGGAGCAGGAGGGAGACGUGAGGGAUGGGGAUGGACAAGACAAUCUCCAAGCUCCUCUCCGACUUAGAAAACGUUCAUUGGGCUCUACUUUAAAAUUUGUGUUCUUGAGUGAUGUCAAAGCCAUGUCCAGCUUGGAUGUUCUGCAGGUGCCUUGGGGGCCGUUUGUGAGGGAGAGCAUGGCCAGGCAGGGUAAGAGUGCAUUGCUUCUGCUUCAGACAGAGCAGCUCCAACUUGGUCUCUUUCACACAUCAGGGUUCCUCGGGAAAUUUUUGUGUUUAAAAGAAAAACAAAGAAAAAAGGUCCUGCUGCUUAAAAAAAGUUUGAACUUGACUCAUUUAACUAAAUGAGGUGAUUUAAUCUAUUAUUAAUGCCAGGCCUAGUUCUUUGGGAAUUGGUAGUUAUGGGGUUUUGGUUUGUUUGUUUGUUUUUAAGAUUAUAAAAUACCUCAGUAGGUUAACUGGGCCGAUGAACCUCUCCUGAGAGGUGAGCAUACUCCAAGCCCACAGAGAAGGUUGGAGGAGACAGGUGUUAGAGGAACAGGGAAUUUGAGUUCCUGUGUAUCAAGUCACUUAACCUCUCUGGGCCCCAAUUGUCUUUUCUGUGUAAUGGGCUGAGGGGGAGAAUUAGGCAAGCUGAUCUCUAAGGUCCUUGCCCGGUCUGAUAGUCUUAGCUUCUCCUAAGGUGGUAUCUAGCAAAUACAUGGCAUAUGGGCCACUACUCCCAUGUCCUCGGCCAGUAGCAGACAUAACUAAUCAACCACAGUACUCAUGUUCUUUGAGCUUGGUCAUGCUAUUAGAAUCCUCAACACAGUGUUCCGAGCAGCCAUUACUAACUGAUCAGAGUUUAACCUGUUUAACCUUCUGGUCUAAUCUUUGAAUGGUUUCUGUUAUACAGAACUAUAUGGUGGCUGGGUUUCAUGCUGGCCCAUCCCUGAUCUAUGAGAGAAAAUUCCCCUAAAGCCCUUCCUUGGCACAGGACUCCCAAUACUACUCCGACACAAUCCCACUUGGGGAUGGGGGCCAAGUGGAAUAGUGGGCAGGAACAUGUUUGGGGAAGGCAGGGUUUAUGAGGAUGGACCAAAAGGGGACUUUCCACAGCACGGACCUGCACAUUCUAAAUUCCUUUUAUAGCUGUUCACUGCCUAGCAUACAGUAGGCAUACAAUAAAUGGUUAUGGAAUAGAAUGGAAUGGAAUAGAAUUUAAAUCCACCGACGCCUCCCCUAAGUCCUGAUUUGCACCAAGGAGUAAACUGAGAUUUCAUCCUGUGGAAAAAGUAGGAAGGAACUCUACAUUCAGAGUCGGGAGAACUGGGUUGAGUCCUGGCUCUGCCAAAAACUAUCUUUGUGACUUUGAUAAGUCACAGAGUCCCUUCCUCUCCCUGAGCCUCGGUGUGCCAGAAGGAGUCGGACUAGAUGAUCUCUAAGCCCCUCCUAAUUGCUUCUUCCUUGAUUGCACUAGCCUAGAGAUUCUACCGUGAGAAUAUGGUACCUUAGGGUAAAGAAAUGCAGAUUUUUAGUGAAGGACAAGUCUGUCCCCUCUUCUGGGUCAGCUGAAGCUGCCCUUUCACUUCAGAUUAAGACAAGGCACUUGAAGGUAGUUAGACAUUGGCUCUUGAGUGUAGUACUGGGACGUGAUAUGCCUGAGGUCGGGGCUGGGGCCCGCUGAUGGGAGAGGGUACCUGCCAAAGGCAUCAAGAAGCUUCUUCUCUCCAUCCCGUACAUAAAAGGCUGCAAGUUCUAAAACUGACCAACCCUGCAGACAACCUCCAUCCGGAAGACUCAUUCGGUGCUCUGUAUUAUUUACCAAGGAGACUCCAAGGUCUCUCCAGGACAACUAGUCAACCUUGGU